GCUACUGCCAUAAUUAGGCAUAUUCUUAUAUUUAAUAUCAUCUUUUAGUUUACUAUCAGCUGCCAAUAGAUAUUUAAGAUUUAUUUAUACAAAGGCCAAGUAGAGCUUCCUUCUCUUGUGGAUAUUUCUAUUCCUUUUCUGAGUAUUUGUCACCCUUUGGCCCCACCCGGUUAAAUGAUUAAGAGAAGUAACAAAGAAACUCAGGUAAUGUAGGGGAAAACAACUGACUCAUUUGCCAUUGGUUCCUUCAGAUAAGAAGUCAAACACGCAGUAAUGGCGAUCGAGUGCAUACGGAAGAGGUGCUGCUUGACUCAAGGGAGGGUUUUUAUGUGUCAUAUCAAACCAGGCUUUGUUGCGCUGGUCACAGUGGCAUUACUUUUGUCUAUUAUUGCUUAUACUUACAAUUUCUCUCUCAGACCAGUCACUUUCCAUCUCUCCUGGUUUAACGAUGCAAACCAAACUAAAUUCUAUAAAGUGGUGUCUGAGGGCUUGUCUGGCAAAAGAAAUGUCUGGAAUUUUUUUACUAAAAAAAGGAAUGAAAAGUCUAACACAGAGAAAAAACCCACUGCGUCCAUUAAAACAGAAGAAAAUUCAAUCGACCAAUAUGUAGCACAUCCACGCAACUAUCGUUUCAUCCUUGAUGAACCUGAUAAAUGUAAGCAGGAUCCGUUCUUGGUCUUGAUGGUCCCUGUGGCCCCCCAUGAGGUCAAUGCUCGUAAAGCCAUCCGCAGCACAUGGGGGAAUGAGAGCUCAGUGCAGGGAAAAGCAGUGCUGACUCUGUUCUUGGUGGGUUUGACUGGAGGAGCUGAAACUCAACAGCAGCUGGAGGAAGAGAGUCAACAACACAGAGAUUUAGUGCAGAGCAACUUUGUGGACUCCUACUUCAAUCUGACCAUAAAGACCAUGGUGAUCAUGGACUGGCUGGCCACUCGUUGCCCUCAAGCAGCUUAUGCUAUGAAGGUUGAUUCUGAUAUGUACAUAAACCCGGAGAACCUGAUGAGCCUCUUAUUGUCACCCAACACACCCAGACAGAACUACAUCACAGGGUAUUUGAUGUGGAACCAGCCUGUCAUCAGAGACAAAAACUCUAAAUGGUAUGUUUCAGAGGAGCUGUACCCCGAAUCGAGAUACCCCACGUAUGUGCUUGGAAUGGGAUAUGUUUUCUCCAAUGAUCUUCCUCCUAAAAUAGUGGAGGCUUCAGAGGCCAUAAAGCCCUUUAAUAUAGAAGACGCAUAUGUGGGCGCUUGUCUGAAACGGUUGGUCAUAAAUCCCUCUGGCGCUCCAGAUCCUUCUCAGUUUCAGACCUAUGUAAAUGAUCCUAAAAGUACGGACCUUUCCAAACUCAUUACAGCAAUCGCGGGGUCACCAGAGAAAGUAAUAGAGUUCUGGCAAAAUGUGAAGGGACACAAAUGAACAGAUAAACCAGCACACUAGGAAAAGGAUUGAGCAAAAUGAAGACACAAUACAUCUUCAAUAAAUGAAUGGCUACGAUGCACUCGAAAAGUUGUGAUAUCAGGAAGGGCUUCAAUAGCAAAAUCGAUUGCUGUGGAAUACAGUAGAGGGAUAGUACUUUGUUCGUAUGAAAGACAAUGAUAAUAAAUUAUAAUGGGACAAGGACAUUUGAAAGUGUCCGCAAAGAUACAUGCACUUAUAAAUGUGAACACAUGUAUUGUAUGUUUUAAAUAUAUUUAAUAAAAUAAAAAUAAACAGAUUUAUGGUAGAUAAUUAC